AUGUCGAACAAGGACGCCGUGCUUGUAAUUGCCGUGGAGGCUUAUGCGGAAGCCGAAUCUGUCAAUACUCACGCUGAGGCCAACCAGAGGUCAUUGUCUCAAGGAACAUCCUUGUACAACCCAGCAUUGCAUGUUGGAUUCUUUAAAGUAGCCGAUGGAUAUGGUGACAAAGUUAAGCUGAAUUUUAAGCCCAGCACUACAAACAUUCUCUCUAUUUUAUCCAUGCCUCUGUAUGGGUAUCGAGCUGCCGAUUGUGGUUCUUCAAUGUCUAUUGUAGCAACAAUAUGAGUUUUUUGUCAUUAGGAAAGGCCUUUCAUAUAUUUUCAAACAUCUUUAUGCCGUAAUUAUUCAGAACUGAUAUAAUGUGAACGACUUCAUUAAUUAAGCAAUACACUUUAUAUAAGGUCUGGUGGUGCUUUAAUUACAUAUGAGGAUGUGUUUAUGUUAA